UCUCUCUCGCUCUCUCUCUCUUUUUGAAAUGAAAUUCUUGUGUGAACAGUUUGGUAUUUCCUCUGAGCUCACGGACAGAAGCCGCACAUGUGGGCCCGCGCGCCAUCCCCGCUUACAGCGAACUUCCCCAACUUGCACAACUCAACACGGCCCACCGCGAGGACGCUUUCUGUGUGCUGCCUUCGUGGCUCCUGGCUCGAGAGAAGAGGGGAGGAGAAGACGACUGAGGUGUUUCUAGCUGUGGGGUGGAAGGGGUACUGUGUUUCAGCAGCUGGGGAGGCUGUCCCCAUGGGUUAGAACGCACGGAAUGGAGCCUGGGAGACGAACUGAGAAAUCAUGACCGUGUACACCCUGAACCUGAGGGUCUUCUGGUCACUGGUCGCCUGCCUGCUCGCCACCCUCCUGCUGCUCUACAUCUCCUCUCCUCCGGAUGGCACCGAGUCUGGGCCCGACGGCUGCCGAGAACAGUCUCUCUGGCUUGCCUGGCUGACAAAACUUCUCCUGGCUCUUGUCAUCUUUGCCCUCCUCCUUGGGUACUGCUCGUCUCGGGGGCGGAGCUCUGGGAGAAGGUCCCACGAGGCUCCAGUGAGGGCUCUCUCCUCCAAGAGGGAGCUGCUGGAGGAUUUCUACGAGCGUCACGUGCGUCUGUCACCCCAUGUCUUGGGGCACUCCAAGGCCCACGUGGCCAAGCUGGUGGGGGAGCUGGUGAAAGCUGGCCGCCCCGAGGUUCCUCCCGAAUCCUCGUUGGCCUUCCGUGGCGACUUUGUCCAGAUCGGCAGCUCCUACGAGGAGCACAAAGUGGGCCGCCCCGACUGUUUUGACAUCUUGGUCCCCUUGCGCCUGCCUCGGGGUUUCCGCCUGGAACCGCGGAGUGGCUGCAACCCAGAACUGGAGGACCCAUCGCUCUGCGUCCUGGAGACCCCUCGGCGAUCUGACUGGACUCGGCGGCACAAGGCUUUCACGGAAGCCUUUCUGAGUUUGGAUGCGACCGGCACUACGUACCGCCUUUCUCCAGAAGCUGUCCUGCGCUGGUUCUAUGCAGCAGCAACACGCUGCCUGUCUGCGGUGCGCUACCCCUUUGAGCAGCGCUGCUCCUUGGGCCUGUCGUUCAGCGAGGACCGUGUGCUAUUGCGACUCACACCUCGUGCCGACUACGUGUGCUGCCACAUUUCCAUGGUUGUCCGGCUUGUGCCCGCACUGCCUUUGGGUGAUGGUGCCUACUGGGUGGCCGCGGGGCAGAGACUGUCACAAGGUGGCGGUGCCUUGUGGGCGGCGUACCUCCCCAGGCAGGAGCAAAAGCUGCUGGGGUGGCUGAAGGGCCGGCUGCCCCCCGGUUCCUGCCACCUCAAGUGCCUUCAGAUGGCCAAGGCGGUGCGGGACCUCAGCGGCCUGGCGCUGGGCAGCCAGGGUGCCAUCGAGUGGCGGGCUGUGCUUUCCUCCUAUUCGCUCAAAACAGCAUGGCUCCGCCUACUGUUGGCCACUCCUCCUGAAGCCUGGGAGGAGCGCCACCUGUUGGAGAGACUGGAGGAGCUUUUGCGCAGCGUGCGGGAUGGCCUCCAGCGCCGCAACCUGGGACACCUCUUCCUGGGGGGCGACACUGGCCUGCUGCCCGACUUCUUGGCUGUGCCAAAACCCAUCAAAAGCUCAACCCCAUCCAACCUGUGGGCCGGGUUUAGCCCUGCCGCCCUGGACCUGGUGGCCGCAAGGCUCGCCUACUCGUGGACGCACCUUCACCGGCUCAUUCGCCUGGGUCGCCCACAGAGGGCCAGCCAGGGGGGAGGGGUCCCGUGUAAGCACAUGGAUGCAGAGUGACCUGGACCACAACUGGAGCAAGACCAGAAAUCCACAUUCCAUGUCCAGUGGAAUUUGCACGGAUCUUCCGGCACUGAGACAGGAGGCCCCGACAAGCGUGUGCAACUGGACCAGUUUAGAUGAGCUGCCUUGUUUGCUUUUUGGUGCAGAGGAAAAAAGAACUUGAUAGAUGUCACAGGAAAAAAAGCAGAAAUUGCUUUUCAAGGGUAAUAACUAUGCACAAAAACCAAAGUAAUAAUUUUGAACCAGUUGUUUACUCAGUAUUUAAUGUAAAUUAACAUAAAAUAACUUUAAGGGCUGAGUACAUUUCCGCAUACAAGGCAUUUGAUGUGGUAGAUGCUACGUUAGACACAUUUAAUAUAACAGAAUAACGAAACUUGGGGAGGGGGCAACCAUAUGGUAACACACACACACAGACAUUUUCGGAACCGCUUGUCCCAAACACACUUCUAGGAAUAUGCAAUAAUUAAAUAAUGUACAGCCAGUACAGCUACUUAUAGGGGUGCGUACCGGCAUAUCUAAGUAAUACUCAUUUUCCAGAGGUGGAACAGCAGCAAGAAAAUAUAUUGAUAUUGAGCGUGAGUAACUGGUGACACUUUACUAAAUAUAAUAAUUUUAACCAAAGGGAUUAAAGGCCACCAUGGAAACAGGGAAUAAUUGUACAGUGCCUACACUUCUAAGAGUAACUGUGUUUCUGACAUCUGUAUAUCACUGUUUCAAAACAUUCCAGGUUUGAAAGUGAUACGGUUUUCAUCAGUUAAUUCUACUUGAAGUCACUUAGGAGGGAAGUAUCUGGUAAAUGAAUAAAUGGAUAAAUUUAAGUGUAAA